CUCCCGCGGCUAAAACACACAUACCCAGAAUCCCGCGCCGUUACUAUUGUCGCAGUUAUGACUGUGUACGUAAUGGGGAACUUAUAAUUUCUCGUCCCCCGUGCCAUCUUAGGGCACGCCACCCGUGCGCUCCUUCUCUGUACCGCGUGCCUUCACCGGAAAAUUAUAAGUUCCUCCGCGAUUGUAGCGUGCGCAAAGCUGCCUCCCUCGGCCUCUCGUCUUUCUGCGAGUGACUCCAUCGCACGCUGCGGGAAUUCUUCCUAGACGAUCUCUGGGCCAAUCUGUCGUGCGAGGGCGUUUUCCUCUUUGCACGCCGCCGCUGGCCUCCUGCCUCUGCUUUCUAACGCGACGAUCUAACCAUCUGACGAUUUGACCAGUUCUGGGAAAGGGAAGGAAGUCUUGGAGUAGGAGUUCAGAGUCUGAUAUGUUAUAGUUUGCAGAAUGGAAGCUUCCGCAUUCUGUACGUUGAUUCAUGCAAUUUUCUAUGCACUGUUCACUCUGAGAGUGGAUGCAUCAUUUGUCAAUAUAACUUAUGUUAAAAGUGCUGUGGCUGAAGGAGCAGUAUGUCUAGAUGGAAGUCCUCCAGCUUAUCAUCUAUCUCCGGGUUUUGGCUCUGGUGUCAAUAACUGGUUGGUUCAAAUUGAGGGAGGAGGCUGGUGUAACAAUAUAUCUACUUGUUUGGCCCGUAAGUGCAGCCGCUUGGGUUCUUCAAAACAAAUGGCAAAGCAGAUAGCUUUCUCUGGGAUUCUAAGCAAUCGACAGUCAUUUAACCCAGAUUUUUAUAAAUGGAACAAGGUCAAGGUUCGUUACUGUGAUGGUUCAUCAUUUACUGGAGAUGUGGAUAGAGUAAAUCCUGUUACAAAACUUCAUUAUAGAGGUGCAAGGAUAUGGGUGGCAAUUAUGGAGGAUCUACUCGCAAAAGGAAUGGACAGGGCUGAAAAUGCUCUCCUAUCUGGUUGUUCAGCUGGCGGGUUGACUUCUAUAAUACACUGCGACAAUUUUAGGUCCCUUCUUCCGGUCAGUGCACGAGUAAAAUGCCUUUCAGAUGCUGGCUUCUUCAUCAAUGCGAAGGACAUCACUGGAGCAGAACACAUAAAAGCCUAUUUUAAUGAUGUGGUGACAACUCAUGGUUCAGCAAAGAAUUUACCUUCUUCGUGCACUACAAGAUUGUCUCCAGGCAUGUGCUUCUUCCCCCAGUACUACGCACAGAAGAUUCAAACACCUCUAUUUAUAUUAAAUGCAGCAUAUGAUUCUUGGCAGGUACUUGCAGAGACUUUUCAUAAGUCUAUAAGAUUUUUAUUAAUCACAGUUAUUGCACAUAAAUUCUGCUUUGUGCUAGCCAUUAUGGAUUGAUAUUUUUAUUUAAAG